AAUAAGAACUUUCUCGCCUCUUCUUAGCGCCGUUCUCAUCAGCCGCCACUCCCCCAUCUCUCUUUUCCUCUUCUCCUAAGAAGUCUAUAGCGAGCAAACGAAGGAAGAUAGGAGAAAGGAGCCCCCUUUCUGUAGGGAAGCAGGAGAAUAAGUAGAGAAAUCGAGCUAAGAGAAGCUACGGAGGAUAUGUUCACUGUUGUGCCGCCAACUUCUUCUUCCUCCUCCUCCCUCCGACCCUUUCUCCGAGUCCAAUUCCCUGCCAGGAGGUCGCCGGACCGCCGCCACGGCCGCCGUCUCGACUCCGUCCUCCAGUCCCUAGGCGGCGGCCGGUGGAAGCUCACCGACAUCGACCCAGAUGUGGUACGAGAGAGGCUGAGCUUAUGGCUUGGCAAGGCGCAGUCGCUGAUCACGGAGGUGGCGACGCCGCUUGUGAAGCCUGGGCAGGGGAGGAAGCCCGCCCUGGAGCGUCAGCUGGACAACAUGGCCGUCCAAGAAGAGAAUUUUAUGGCCUCGGAGUUGACUGUGGAGCGGAGGACGCCAAAGGGGUAUCUCUCUUUUGCUGCCGUGGUCUCCAUCGAGCAGUUUGGGAGGAUGAUUGGAUUGACAGGGAGGAAGAUGCAGAAGAUUUUUGAAGCACUUGCUCCCGAGCAUGUUCAAUAUGAUGCCCGGAGUUUGGUGGAAUAUUGUUGCUUUAGGUACUUGUCAAGGGAGAGCUCUGACUUCCAUCCCAGUUUGAAGGAGCUUGCAUUUCAGAGGCUUAUUUUUGUGACUAUGCUUGCAUGGGAGAAUCCAUACACUGGAGAUGGUGAUUCACAAUUUUCACUAGAUAAUUCUUCUUUGCAGAGGAGACUGGUUGGGGAGCAGGCCUUCGUUCGAAUUGCUCCUGCUAUUGCAGGUGUUGCUGAUACAUCAACUGCACAUCAUCUUUUUAAGGCUCUUGUUGGAAAUGAACAAGGACUCUCUUUGAGCAUGUGGAUGACAUACCUUGCUGAACUUUUCAAGGUACAUCAGGGAAGGAAAUCAUACCAAACUGGAGAUGUUUUGUUGUCUGAUGAGCAACUUCUCUGCAUAGGUUCCAGUAGGAAGCGGCCUGUUUUAAAAUGGGAGGAUAACAUUGCAUGGCCUGGAAAUCUGACUUUAACAGAUAAUGCACUAUAUUUUGAGGCCAUUGGACUGGCAGGUACUAAAAAAUCUAUCAGACUAGAUCUUACACAUCAUGGUUCACGUGUUGAGAAAGCAAGAGUUGGACCAUUUGGAUCGAAACUUUUUGACUCUGCUGUUUCUGUUUCUUCUGGACUUGAGUCAGGAACUUGGGUAUUGGAAUUUGUUGAUUUUGGUAGUGAAAUGAGACGAGAUGUCUGGCAUGCUUUUAUUAGUGAGGUCAUUUCAUUGUAUGAUUUCAUACGAGAAUACGGACCCUCUGAUGAUGAUCCAUCAAUUCAUCAUGUGUAUGGUGCUCAUAAAGGAAAGAGGAAAGCUAUUAGAAGUGCAGCGAACAGUAUUGCAAGGCUACAAUCACUUCAGUUUAUUCGAAAGAUGUCUGAGGAUCCAGCUAAGUUAGUUCAGUUCUCGUAUUUGCGAAAUGUACCUUAUGGUGAUGUUGUUCUUCAGACCUUAGCAGUAAAUUUUUGGGGUGGGCAAUUAAUAACAAAUUUCAAGCAAGCAGACAACCAACAAACUCAAUGGGUGAAACAUUCUGAAGAUCCUUCUGGUGGCAAUGCUCAUGUGUUUGACAUAGAUGGAAGUGUAUACUUGUGCAAGUGGAUGAGAUCUCCAACUUGGACAUCUGGUUCUUCAGUUUCCUUUUGGAGGAAUUCCUUAGCUAAACAAGGGAUUGUAUUGGGCAAAGACCUAGUUGUAGCUGAUCUGAAUCUUGUAGAAAGGGCAGCAUUGACAUGCAAAGAGAGAAGCCAAAUGGUCGAAAAGACUCAAGCAACAAUUGAUGCUGCUAUGAUCAAAGGAAUCCCAAGCAAUAUUGACCUUUUCAAGGAGCUUAUGCUUCCAUUUGUGGUUGUUGCCAAAAAGUUUGACAAACUAAAGUGCUGGGAAGAGCCACGACUGACUAUUACUUUUCUUGUAUUUGCCUAUACCAUUAUAUUUAGAAAUCUGCUCUCAUAUGUUUUCCCAGUGAGUUUAAUGAUUAUGGCUACUGCAAUGCUAUUGCUUAAGGGGCUUAAAGAGCAAGGCCGGUUGGGGAGAUCUUUUGGUAAAGUUACAAUACAUGAUCAACCACCCUCGAACACAAUCCAAAAGAUCAUAGCUCUUAAAGAAGCAAUGGCAGACUUGGAAACUUAUCUCCAGAACCUGAAUGUUUCGCUUCUGAAGAUUCGAACAAUCAUCUUAUCAGGUCAACCCGAGAUAACUACACAGGUUGCCCUUGUGCUGCUUGGUGCUGCAGCUAUUCUCCUUGUGGUUCCUUUCAAAUACGUUCUUGCUUUUUUCCUCCUUGAUAUCUUCACAAGGGAGCUAGAUUUCCGAAGGGAAAUGGUAUUGAAAUUUAGGAGCUUUAUACAGGAGCGUUGGGCAUCUGUUCAUGCUGCCCCUGUGGUCGUACUACCGUAUGAAAGUGAUGAAACUGACUCCUCAGAAAGCAUUCUCAAGUACACCAAUGAUUCAAAUUCUGAAAGAAUGCAAAGAAAUGAAGUACUGCCAAGACAUGGUGCAUGAAAUACAGAAUAAGUAAAUGCCUUGAUGUUAAGAAUAAUGAAGAGGCAUGAAGUACCUUAUCUGUGGAAGUGAUCAUGAUUCACUAGCAGCAGUUAAAGUAUAUAACAGACUAGUGUUUUUGUAAGCUAGAAUUGAUUCAUUAUUCCUCAAUAAUCAAUGUGAUUCAGUUGUCAUUUAGUUCUAAUCUCCA